UUAAACUGUUAUUAGUCACACCAUACUUUGCACAGCUUUGUUUCCUCACAGUACGGUGCUCUGUUAGUCUCUCUACAUCAUGGAAGACAGUAUAUCAACUCCAAAAGAUCGCAGUAGAGUGAACUCCCCAGCAGUCACAAGUAAUCCUGGAACUCCUCGAUCUGAGGAUGUGAGAGCCACACCCUCCCCUAAUCAGAUGAGGAGGGGGCACAAUGCUGCAGCACAGCCAAUGCAACUAAGUCAGCAACAACUGAUGCAGCUGCAGCAACAACAUCUUCAGCAACUUCAAACUCAGCAACUAGUCCAGCAACACCAAUCUCAGAGCAAAUACACCCAACUUUUGGCAGUUAUAGAGGACAUGGGGAGAGACAUUCGGCCAACAUACGCUGGUAGCAAGACUUCAGUAGAGAGACUGAAGCGUGGGAUUGUUCAUGCUCGUAUUCUUGUUCGGGAGUGUCUGAUGGAAUGUGAAAGAAGUGCCAGGACCUAAAACAUUGUGUUCACUUUCAAUAUAUUAUAUAUUUAUUUGUACUGUAAUGGAGUAAUAGACUAGACAUGAGGAAAUGACACCAUACAAUGACUGGACAUUGCUACUUUAGAUGACCCUUGUUUACAACUUUUUGAGCAUAUUAAUUUUGCAUUCUGACAUUUUAUUAUGUCAUGCAGGAUCAUGAUGACUACAUUUUAGAUAGGAAUAGUGUUUUGUAUACAUCUACUUUGCUGUAGUUCAUUCAUCUUUGAAAACUGCUGUAAAAACAUGUAAUUGCUAUGGUAUAUGGCAUCCAACAUUGUAUGUUCAAUUUUAGAUUUUGAAAGCAAUAGUAGCUUUGACUUUCCUCUUUGGAAAUUUUUUCAUGAAAACAUAUAAAACACGUCUAAGAUGGAAAUAAUCAUUAGACAUUUAGCUGUUUGUAGGUAUUUUUAUGUUUUGAAAUAAGAAUUUUUGUCAUUCUGUACAGUAAUUGCAUUUUGCACCAUACCUUUAUGCAUAAUGAAAUCUAUUUUGAUUUAUACAAUGUUUCUGAAAAGGUCAUGAUUAAGGACUAUAUAGGAAAUGAUGCAUGUACAUGUUUAUGUGAUUUGCAGCAUUUGACAUCCUGAGAAUGCUUGACAAUGUAGUCAGCAGCAAUACAGCAUAAAAACAUUCAUUUUUCAUAUCAAAUGGUAAAUUUUAAUGGUAAACUUUUGUAUGUCUUGAUUACACAUGAAAUACAUGUAAUAGUUACAGAUAAAAUUGCGGACACAGUGUCCUAAUGUACAUUAAGGAGGAAUAGUACUUCACUAGAGAAAUUUAAUAUGGAUAAAAAAUGGAGGAUAUGUACAACAAUUACUUUAUUGAGUCAAAAAAUGCAGUUUUAGUAGAGUGUAAUCUGGAAAAAAAAUUAAUUUUAAACCCCUGCUGGACUUAAACCCACAAUCGACAGAUAAGCAGUUGAAGCAUUAAGAGACUGAGCUACUCAGCUGGGCAAAUAAAGCCGAAAGUAAAUGUCAAAUAUUGCUGACAUUUAUAUUUUCAUUCAUGUUUUAAAAGGAAGUCAGCCAUUAUGAUUAUGUAGUAUUCCUCCUUAAGCAUAUGUAAUGUUACUACAACACACUUCAACUUCACUAUGUUGGUGCAUUUGGGAGGUGUUGGAGGGUGAGGCUGGAUCGCAAUGAGAUGGAUAGUAUUAUGGCAGAUAAUACAGUCACCAAUCGGUUAACGAUAUAUAGUUAACCAAUCCUACGAAUAUCAAACAAAGAAUGCUUACAAGACCUCCAGUAACAACUAUGGAACAAGAAGGGAGAAAAUAUGAUGGAUCAGACCAGAAGUCUUUGCUUUUACAGUGUUUAUGAAAAAUCUAGGAUUUUUUUUAAUGCUGAUUUCAGUGGUAUUAAAUUUUGUAAUGCUGAAGAAAUUGGUGUAUAGAAUAAUUAUGAAUGAAAUAAAAGUGAAUCAUUUUGGGCAAAA